AUGGACUCAUGUGAUGAGGAUCGUCAUUUUACUCUGACGGUUCCAAGACUCGCUCUACGAGAGCCGAUGCUUCUCAACAGCAUCCUUGCUUUGGCUAGUAGAUAUGAUGCUCUCCGUAGGAGCGUUCCGCCCGAUUUAGAGGCUAUUCAGUACAACCAAAAGAGCAUCGAAUGGCUCAUUGCUAGCUUUUCUAAGCCUCCCUCCACCUAUGGUUCCGAGCUUCUUGCCGCUGUUGUCAUGACACGCUCGUAUGAAGAAUGCGAUUUUGAAGCCGAUAUCAGUCACCUACAUUUAAGUGGCACCAAGGAUCUACUGGCUUAUGACAAAGUGGCACAGAUUGCCUCUAGAGGGGGUCUGGCAGAGGCUGCCUGUUGGGUUCAUCUCCGGCAAGCUAUCUACGCAUAUCUUGUCCGUCGGCGGCCGGUGGAUCGCCAUAUCAACGCCUUCCAAAACCUAGCGGCCUUUAGACGCACAGAUGAUUCAUCAUAUGCAAAUCAAAUAGUUUAUCACUUUGCUAGAACACUACGGCUGUUGUUUCACUCGUCUAGAUCAAAGGAGCGACUGGACACUGAAGAUACCUGGGCGUCAUUACAAACCGACAUUGACGGGUGGUUCAGCAAUAAACCCCUCUCCUUCUCGCCUGUUUUUGCUAGUAGCCCCAAUGGACCGCAGUUCCCUGCCCUUGUGAUGCUCAGUUCGCCUCCAGGGAACAUGAUCUAG